AUGGGGUUAAAGGAGGAGAUGGUGUCUGACCCUGUUUGGGUUGGGGGUUGUGUUUUUCAGCUGUCUGACAGCGUCAUUGAUCGUAUGAAGGAACCGUCUUCGCCCAGUGGAAGGCCGCAGUCCCAGCACCGAUCAGGAUCUGGUGCAGUUAAUGAUGAAGAACUAAAGAAAAGAAUAGCUGAAGAACUGGCGUUAGAACGAGCCAGGAGAGACUCUGAAGCUCAAAAGAGAAGAUUGAAACAAGAACAAACGUAUGUACAUGACGAGUUUGGCAAACUUCUGGAACGCGAAAGGAUUUCUUCAAAUGAGCAUUUGACUCGAGCCAUCCUACGAGAGCGAGCUGCAACGGAAGAGGAGCGUCAGAAGGCGCAGCGUUUUGCCAAGCAGCUGGAAGAGAAGGACCGAGAGCUGAAGAAGCAUGAUGCCUACUACAAGGAGCAGCUGGCUCGGCUGGAGGAAAGGAGUUCCCAGUUCUACAAAGUUACCACGGAGCAAUACCAAAAAGCUGCCGAUGAAGUGUCAGCUCGGUUCAAGCGGUAUGAGUCUCAUCCAAUCUGCGCUGAUCUGCAGGAGAAAAUUCUGCAGUGUUACCAGCAACACACUCAGGAGACCCUCAGCUGCUCUGCCCUGGCUAGCCAGUACCUGCGUUGCGUCAAUCAUGCCAAACAGCAGAGCAUGCUUGGGAGAGGAGGAUAAAGGCAUUGUCCAAAUCAAGCACAAGACCAUCAACUCUAAUUUCAGCAGAAGAGCAUUUUUUCCCAAGAAUGAUAUGACAGCCCAUUUACAGGGCAGACCAAUAAAGAGAAGAACUGGAAGAGCCAUUUCAAGAGCAGCAGCCAUCACGGCUCAAUCAGUGUGACCAUUUGAAAAGCCAAGACCUGUAUCUUAUUGCAUCAGAAAUCACACGUCCAAAGAUACUGUUCAGUCUUAGUAAAAUCCACUUAUUGGUGAUUGAAGGCAGGAAAAGAAAAGACCCUUUCACUGACCUUAGAAAGGUGAAAUAUCCUUCUAAUGCUGCUAUUUCAUUGUAGAAUCUCCUGAACAACUUCUCACUGCCAAAGGCACGGGUAUGUAACACUUGGUGUGCCAGGACGUGGCUGUACUCUGUGAGCAAGUCAGCUGCUGCUCCUCACCGUACAGCCUGUGUUCGCUGAUCGUGGUGAAGUUUUCCUUACAACUUAUAACGGCGUAAAUUGUGCUUUAACUUAUUCCACAAAUUAUGUAACUUAAGGAAGUCUCUCUCCUGGCCUUCUGCUGGAAUGA